AUGACAAGAACUGUGGAGAAACUUCAAAGUCAUCUCUUCGUCCUGCAAGACCAGAUUUCGCUUCUGGAAACCAAGCAAAAAAAGAUCUUCAAAGACGUCUUUGCUCUUCACCAGGAGACCAUGAAGAUGGAAAUGGAUCCGAAUGGUGAAGCCAUGCAGACGAGUCCUAGCGAAGUUCGGAUUUCCAGCGUGAAGAAGAAGACGCAAAUCCGGGGUCGAUCUGCGGCGAUCACAAAGGAGAGCGAUCUGAAAAGGAUUCGAGAAAGGUUGCGGGAGUACAACGAACGGACCUCGCGCAUCUUGGGGGGGCGCCUCUCGGUCACCUGCGACCACGGGGUCUCGUUGAUGUGCCUGGUGAAUAACCCGUUCUUCGAUGCCGUGGCCGCAUUUCUCAUCCUCUUCAACUCCUUUGUAGUCGGAUGGGAGACUGAAUGGACCACAUCCAAUACGCAGAUGAAUCCCACCAUCAAGGCGUUGUCCUCAUUUUGCAACUGGAUCUUUCUAAUUGAGCUGGUUUUGCGCAUCGCAGCCUUUAAAAUGGACUUCUUUUGCAACCCGGAGCGAAGAGCCUGGAACUUCUUCGACUUCAGUCUGGUCUUCGUGGGGCUCAUCGAUGAGUUUUCGGAAGCAGACUCGGGCACAGUAGGCAGUGUGAAGAUGUUGAAAAUGAUUCGCAUCCUCCGAAUCUUUCGAGUUUUUCGCUUCUUCCGUCCGCUGGCUCGUCUGGCUUUGAUGAUUAUGGAUUCCAUACGAUCACUGCUGUGGGCCAUGUUUAUGCUAGCGCUGAUCACCUAUGUCUUUGGCAUCUCUUUGACGUCGGAGGCAUCAACAUGGCUUAUGGAGCAGGUAGACACCAGUCAAGCAGAUUGGCCUCGCUUGAUUGAAACUCAUCCAGACAACACGGUCCGGCUUGUUGAUCAAUACUAUGGAUCCUUGAGCGGGACUCUCUACACUUUGGCUCAGACAGUUCUGGCCGGAGUUAAUUGGCAUGAAGUCAUGGAGCCCCUGCUACAAGUGGGCUGGUUCCCAGCUACCCUGCAGCUCCUUUACAUCGCGUUUACAUUGCUGGCCGUGCUAAAUGUGAUUACAGGCGUGUUCGUCGACAAUGCCUUCCGUUCUGCUGACAAGCAACAAACAGACAUCAUUCAGAAGGAAGUUGACAAGAAGGAAGAGACCCUGUCAUUGAUCCGGGGAUUCUUCGAUGCAGUGGAUAUUCGACGAGAAGGUUUGAUUGAACUGGAAGAUCUGGUGUGGUUUCUGGACGAUGCCACCAUGGACGCCUUUUUCCGAGUUCUCGGCUUCCAUUGCCAUGACAAACAGCGCUUCAUGCAGCUUUUUGACCUGGAUGGAACCGGCACCGUGAGCUUUGAAGAGUUCUUUGAGGGCUGCAUGAAGUAUAGGGGCGUGGCACAAGGGGUUGAUAUGCACCUGGUGAUACGUGAGAUGUCUCGCUUGCAGAAAACGGUGAACAACGUUGAAAAACACAUGCGAUGCUUGAAUGGUCGCAACAUGGAAUCCGCUUUGACGGAUUGCUCGCCCGAUGCUGACGCCGACAUGUCGGACCACGACGAGACCCGGAAACGUUUCACGCUCUAG